CCAGACUUAACAAGUUGUAGUAAGCAACUUGUUUAAGUUUAAGCACCUCUCCUCCUGCCUUUCAUUAUUCUUCUAUGCCACUUCUCCCCCACUCUUCCAAAAAAUUAUUUUUCAUCUAUAUGUGUUCUGUAUGCCUCUAGUAUCUUUUAUAUGCCAAUUUCUCCCCACACUCUUCAAAAAUUAUCUGUCAUUCACCCAUAUGUCCUGCAUAACUCCAGCGGUGGCUUUUGCUUUUGCCCUGUAGAGUUUUAUAUCGAGGUCCUGCAACCCUAGAAGAUGUGGCGAAACCACGUAUGCCUGCGAGAAAGAAAAAAUAGAUUCUCCCAAGUAGAGUUCUCCCAAGUAUUUGACGGCCUAUUGGCGAAGAAAGGAGUUCCUCCAAAGAAAAAUGAUGAGGAGAAUAGUCUAAGUAAUCUAUUAAAUGAGAGCCAGCCUGCCAAUCCACCACAUAGUGAAAUUCAACUCUGGGCGUCAUCGGAAUCAACUGAGCCAUCCACAAGCGGAAAGAAUCCAAAUAAUGAAGUAUCAAUCGCAAACCAGUUUCAGCCCCAGCAGCCAACAAGACCGAAAAGCAGAGAACAUCAUCCUGGGAGUAAUAAAAAACAGGACACCAUUGCCAAUUUGGUAGUAAAAAUCAAAACAGACGAAGAUCUAGAUUUUGCCAUUUCAAAAGCAUUGGACAGAAGGAAGAUUGCUCAACAAAUUGUAGAUGAUUUAAGUAGUACAAUAAAGGAAUCGCAAACGUUGAACCAAAACUAUAAGAAGAAUCAACAGCAGACACUGGAAAUCGAUGCAGAGUUAAAAAUUGCUGAGCAGAACGUGCAAGCUUUAAAAGCGCAGAGAAAAAAGUUGGUAAAUGCCAAAGCAAGUAUGCUUCCGAAAAUUAAGCGAAUGGGGAAAUUACUGCUACAGGACACCCACCCCUAUAACUGAAAAAGCUUAUUUUUUAUACCUUAAUGUUUGAAUAAAUUAAUUUGUGUAUGAGUUGUUAUCUUAAAGAAAUGUAAUUGUUAUCUUAAAUAAAAACCGAGUUGAUGUUAAGAGGGGUGGGGCAUGUGCUGUAAAGAAGUAGAUAUAAAAGAAUAUAACUAAUCCAAGUGUGUACAGUAAAUGUAAUAAAAAAUGCAUUGCGACCAGUGCAGAAAAAAUUUCUCUAGUCUAAACCGGCAUAAGAGGAAAGUGUGUGGGAAACAAAAUAUGUGCUCAAUUCCAGGUAAAAACGUAGAAUAAUAGCUUCUGAACCACUAAGUAGAAAUGUGAGUAAAAUACAUCAUGCAUUUAAAAGCAGAAUUGUAUCUUAUCACGAGGAAAAACUUGACUACAAUACUUUUAUGGAA